AUGGCUUUCUCCCAGGUGCAGUGUCUGGACGACAGCCACGUCAACUGGAGGUCCAGCGAGUCCAAGCCAGAGUUCUUCUACAGCGAGGAGCAACGCCUGGCCCUGGAGGCACUGGCCUCCCGCGGCCCUGAUGCCUUCUACGAGGUCCUGAAGAAGGAGAACAUCAGGGAUUUCCUUUCUGAGCUGGAGCUAAAGAAGAUCCUGGACACGUUGGAGACCUACGACCCCGGUUCUGAGUACAUCCCGCGCCACGGCAGCAGCACGGGAGAGAGUGAAGGUGAUCACAACAGCCAAGGGGAUGAGCAGGACGUGGCCCCCUCCCUGGAGUACUGGCCCCAGAGGUCUGACCGCUCCAUCCCCCAGCUGGACCUCGGCUGGCCCGAGACCAUCGCCUACCGCGGGGUCACCCGCGCCACCGUCUACAUGCAGCCACCCAUCGAGGGGCAAGCGCACGUCAAGGAGGUGGUGCGGAAGAUGAUCUGCCAGGCUCAGAAGGUCAUUGCGGUGGUCAUGGACAUGUUCACCGAUGUAGACAUCUUCAAGGACCUCCUGGACGCAGGAUUCAAGAGGAAAGUGGGAGUCUACAUCAUUUUAGAUGAGACCAACGUGAAGCACUUCCUUCAGAUGUGCGAGCGAGCCCAGAUGCACGCUGGACACUUGAAGAACCUGCGAGUCCGGAGCACAGGGGGCACAGAGUUUUUCACCCGCUCAGCCACCAAAUUCAAAGGGGCUUUGGCACAGAAGUUCAUGUUUGUGGACGGGGACCGGGCUGUAUGCGGAUCCUACAGCUUCACUUGGUCCGCAGCAAGGACGGACCGAAACGUCAUCACGGUCCUCUCAGGUCAAGUGGUGGAGGCAUUCGACAAGCAGUUCCAGGAGCUCUACCUCAUGUCCAAGGGGGUGAGCCUCAAGUCCAUCUCCAUGGGUGAAGAGCCCGAACCUGAGCCCGUAACGCUGCCCACUGUCGUCCCGGUGACCCCCGCCAAUGCCGUGGUGAAGAAACUGAUAAACCCUAAAUACGCCCUGGUGAAGGCCAAGAGCGCUGACCAGAUCAGCAAGACUUCAUCCGAGAACCAGGACAAAAACCAGAAGACAGAAAACAAAGGCAAAGCCCUGCCCGAGGGCCAAGCAGGUGACAGGCACGGGGAUGUGGCAGACCUCUCCCUGCUCAUCCAUCCUGGCCUCCUGAAUCUGGAGAAAGCCAACAUGUUUGACUAUCUGCCCACCUGGGUCGAGCCCGACCCCGAGCCUGGGAGCGAAGUCUUGGGUUACAUCAACAUUAUUGACCCCAAGAUUAAGAAUGUGAAGCUCUCGCAGAUGAAUCGCAUCAAAGUCUGUGAUGUCUCCCAGGCCAGUGCCCAGCACCGGCAGAUGCUGAAGAACAGAGAGAUGGAGAUCAAGAAAAACUUAGACCAAGAGCCACCUCUGGUGUCACCCUGCCAAAGACAGACCUCACAAACUCCCAUGGAAGCUCCUGCAGCCCCCGCUACCAGCCCCAUUGAAGGUGCCAGCUGGACAACGAAGCAAGCAGGAAUGUUUUCCCCUUCACCACUGGGCCACCGCUUGAAGCCAGAGGAGACAUUGGAGGACUUCAAGCCCCCAGCUCCAAAGCCAAGGACCAUCCCCGUUGGUGUCCUCGUGACCAAAGUCAUUACGUCCUGUGACAGCGGCACUGCCCUGGAGGGUGACACACAACCACCACUGGCCGACCAAGUGGGUGUGAAGCGGGAACCAGAAGAGAACCCCAAUGGAGCUUCAAUGGAGACUUGCCAUCUCCAGCCAGACCGGCUGGUGGCAGGGCCACAGGAAGACAAAGGGCCUCCCUGUGCCCACAAUGGGCUGGGAGAGGAGGAAGAAGAGGAGGAAGAGGAGUACAUCACCCUCAGUGACCAGGAAAGCUACUCCAGCAGCUCUGCUGACCACAGCUACCGCCGGUCCAACGCCUCUUCCAUCUCAGAUGAGUAUUUUGAGGUGAGGGAUCGCUACGGGCCGCUCCGGCGAACCAACUCAGAUGUCACCCACAACGGUGAGAUCCUUCCCAUACAGAGGAAGCUCAGUGACCCCCACAUCAGCCGGGGCACCUUCAUCAGCCCCCUGGGAAGCCUCCCAUCCCUGAAGCAUGUCCGCGUGGAUGACGUGACGAAGAGGAGGAGCAAUGCUGUGGAGAUUAGGUGUGUGCUGCCCCGCACCAUCCUGGACGGCAACAGCUCCUACCCCAGCAGUGCUGCACAGGGGACACACAUCUACCGCUACCGACCCAGGAACCCCGCAGGCAGAGAACGAGGCAAGGAGGUCUCCUGCUCCCCAACACACGAGAAACCCCCCGGGGCCACCAAAUACAGAGGGGAUGGAGCCGAACCCAAAAAGACCAUUGCAGGCAGCCAGCCCUACUGGCAGAACAAAGCCUUCAGCUCCAGCAAGCCCACGCAGCACGGCCACCUCUCACCAGGCAACCCCAGAGCAUCAAGCAAACGCUUAACCUCCCUGCCAGAAAGCCAGAAGACAACCGAGGAGAUGAGGACACCCCUGGGCAUCCCGCUCUCCAAACUGUCCCAGUCCAAGCACCUCAAGAACAGGGUUGCGGGAGCCCCAGGUGCUUCUAUUGACUCCAAAAAGAAGCCCCCUGAGACCACCAGCCAGAAGGACCACUAGGCACCGAUGCAGGUGGACUUCCAGGGCGAGAGUGGUAGCAGAGCGUGCCUGAACCCCAGGCAACGCCACAUUACAUGGGGCAGGGGAAUCUUGUUUACAUUUACCUGGUCGGUGCACCAGUACCACGUGGCCAUGAUAGACAGCCCGAAGGUCAU